AUGGGUGCCAAGGUUCCGCGCAACUUUCGUCUGCUGGAAGAGCUGGAGAAGGGUGAGAAGGGGCUUGGUGCUGAGGCCUGCUCAUAUGGUCUGGAUAACGGAGAUGAUCUGUUGAUGUCAGACUGGAAUGGCACCAUACUAGGUCCACCCCAUAGCGUCCACGAGAACCGCAUCUACAGCGUGUCGAUCCACUGCGGCCCAGAGUACCCCGACGCACCCCCGGACAUCAAGUUCACGUCCAAGAUCAACCUGCCCUGCGUCAACCCUCAGAACGGAAAGGUCGAUCCCACAAAGCUGCCUUGCCUAGCCCAGUGGAAACGUGAGUUUACCAUGGAGACUAUCCUCAUCGAGCUUCGAAGAUACAUGGCGCUUCCCCAGAACAAGAAACUCCCACAGCCUCCCGAGGGAACAACUUUCUAG